AUGCCGGGUGAUAAGGUGCAGGUCAAUCCAAAGACCCCGCCUGCAUUUGUUGACGAAGAUGCACCUGUUGAAGCUGGAGAUUCGAAACUCCUUGCUACCCUGGGAUACAAGCAGGAGCUUCGAAGACACUAUUCCACCGUUCAGGUCUUCGCCAUUGCGUUCAGUAUCAUGGGCCUUCUCCCUUCGAUAGCAAGCACGCUGUCAUUCUCUCUGCCUGCAGGUCCUGGUAUGUACGGCGAUUUGGAGCUCAGCUGGUUUCUUGCGAGCUGCUUCAUUACCAUUGUCGGUCUUGCUAUGGCUGACCUGGCUUCUGCAAUGCCUACGGCUGGCGGUCUAUAUUUCUGGACUCAUUACUUCAGUGGGGGGAAAUGGAAGAACCCCUUGAGCUUCGUCGUUGGAUAUAGCAAUACGAUUGGUCUUAUCGGCGGUGUCUGCUCGAUAGAUUACGGGUUUUCCCUGAUGUUGCUUUCCCUCAUCUCCAUUGCUCGAGACGGCACCUGGUCUGCCACCCGGCCAAUUGUCUACGGCACGUAUGUGGCUUGCGUCGUCGUGCAUGGUUUGAUUGCCACGUUUUUUGGACGUAUCAUGCCCAAGAUACAGAGUCUCUGCAUCUACUCCAAUAUUGGCCUGGUGAUAGCAACCGUCCUUGCGCUCCCGAUUGGCAAGGCUUUGAAUCACCCCCCGGUCAAUUCUGGUUCUUACAUUUUCGGACAUGUGGAUAAUUUAACUGCCUGGCCGAAAGGAUGGGCGUUCAUGCUAGCUUGGCUGUCGCCCAUCUGGACAAUCGGAGCCUUCGAUUCCUGCGUCCACAUGAGUGAGGAGGCGACGCACGCGGCGCGCGCCGUGCCGAUUGGGAUCAUUUGCUCGGCAGGGUUGUGUGGGAUUUUAGGUUUUGUUACCUUGAUCAUCAUAGCUACUGUGAUGGAUCAUAAUAUAGACAACCUGCUAAAUUCAAAUUUCGGACAACCGAUGGCCCAGAUCUACUACGAUGCUCUCGGAAAGAAAGGCGCCCUUGGCUUCAUGUCCGUCGUGGCUAUCGUCCAAUUCUUUAUGGGCCUGAGUCUGGUAGUCGCUGCAUCCCGCCAAAGCUGGGCCUUCUCGCGCGACGGCGCCCUCCCCUUCUCCAACUUCUUUCGCCAUGUCAGCAAACACAUCCGGUACCAACCUGUCCGCAUGAUCUGGGGCGUUGUCAUAUUCGCUGUCGUCCUUGGACUUCUCUGCCUCAUCGAUGAUGCCGCAUCUAAUGCUCUCUUCUCCUUGGCUGUCGCCGGUAAUGAUCUGGCCUGGAUGAUGCCCAUCCUUACACGACUGGUCUGGGGCCAAGAUAAGUUCCAUCCAGGAGUGUUCUACACCGGACGUUUUAGCAAGCCUAUUGCCGUUACGGCAAUUGUGUAUUUGGCCUUUGCGAUCCUCCUGUGCAUGUUCCCUACUACGGGACCUGAUCCUAAUUCUAAGGAUAUGAACUACACUGUGGUCAUCAACGGGGCUCUUUGGCUAGGUGCCAUUGCGUACUACAUCGUAUAUGCGCGCAAGGUCUUCCAGGGGCCCAAGAUGACGGUGGAGGCAUCAUCGCCACUCGAGAUGACCCUAGCACAGAACGAAUGAUGAAAUGGAAGGCCUGGAGCAGGUAGUGAAGGAUCCCCCUGUUGAUCUCUAUGCUGGUAGAAAGAAACGAUGCAUGUUACUAUGUAUAAUUUAGAGUAGAAAGCAUAGUUAACUGAAUGACUAGCCUGGGUCAGUAUGCCAAGCAUACCCGUCCUGGUAAUACCAAU